AUGACUUUGCUUAAAUCACUUAAAAUCAACGAUCCGGAAAAACUCAAGGAUCCAGACUUUGUUUCGUCUCUCAACCAAAAUGAGGUUAUUUCGAAACUUCUCAUGACCGUCUUCUCGUUACAAGGACAGAUCAAGGAACUCAACGAAAAGGUGGAAAAAUACGAGAAUUUGGACAAACUUUUAAAUGGUGAGGAUCUGUCUGAGCCCGUUCCGCCAACUCCAGAAGAAUCGCUUGUGGUGGAAAAAGUCUCCAGAACACCUUCAGACGAUACCGUACCAGUCGGAUUCACGCCCUUAUACUCGACGCCCGCUCUUUCUGAGUCGGAUAUCAUCGAAAAACCGUCAAAGAAAAACCCCGUCGUGAAACCUUGGCCAGAAGUUUCACUUAAUCAACUGGCUCAAAGGUUCAAAAUCCCACGUGAGCAGCUCCUACAGACCAACAAAGGAUUAGCGACGGACAAAAAGGGUCAUUUACGUCCACUAAAACCAAAUCCAGAUUCUAAAUCAGAAACCCCAACUGACUCCAAGGAAACAACACCUGUCCCCAGUUCAGGCAAAAUAACCAAACCACCCAAACGCAAAUACGAGGAAGUCACAGAAUCCCCAAGCUCGGCGGGCUCCAACUCGUCCUCCAGCUCGGCAACCUCAAGUGAAAUUGUGCCCGCAGUGACGAAAAAGCCACUAAAGUACACAAUCACCAAGUUUGGGCUGUACAAGUGCGAUGUGUGCACAGGCGACGAGAUAUACUCCACCUAUCCUGCACUUUAUCAGCAUAAAAGAAGUACACACCCUGAAGAAUUUGCAAACUACGCUCCGGAGAAGUCAAGCUGA